UGUAAUUUGUAACUGAAAAAGAUAAGUAUCCUGCAAGUAACAACGUGAUCUCACUAAAUAAUGUGUCUGUUUCAGUUUUACAUUUAUUCAAAUCUUUAUUUCUGUUCAGAAUGAUAAUCAACUUUGUUCCAAGGUGUUCCAAAAGAUAAUUCAGCCGAAAUCAUGUCUCACUCUCCAGUAUUAUUCGAGUCUGAUGAUGAGACCACAGACUGUGGGAACAUUGAAUCAGAGGAGACACCUGUGAUUGAGCAAGUUGCUGAGCCUCACCCUGGUCAUUUAAGAGAUGAAUCACGCGUCAACAAUCUAAGAUCAAUUUUAAAAGGUGUUCCUCCGCCUCCAAAUUACACGAUUGCAGAGCUGAACAUUGUGGAUCUUCUCAAUAAAUAUCAUGACAAUAAAGGGAUCUUCGGCUUGGACCAAGUGACUCCUAUGGAAAUCAUUGAAGAUUCAUCUACACCGCAAGAACAGCGCAAAGAUUUUAAUUCUGAUUCUGAAAAGUUAGAUUGUCCCACUGAUUCUACAUCAGAUCAGGAGGAUAAAUGUAUCGAAACUUCUUCAGAUGUACCGAAACAUAUAACUCCUGAAACGGAAUCUUACAAGUCCUUGCUGUGGCCUGAAGUGACACGUGUAACUUAUUUUGAUGUCUAUUACAACCUAGGAAAUUUUUCUGAGGAGCUGGCAACCCUUGUUGACAAAUUUAGAGAGCGUUACGUCAGUUCUGAAACUAACUCAUCGUUCAUCACUCAAGGCCCAAUGCUAACAGGCAGUGCUAAAAAAAGGGCCAGGAGACGCGCGUGGGGUGGUUACAGUCCAGGAAGAAGGUUGUCUCAUUUGGCUCAACGUCGGCGCACAUUCUCGUCUGCUAAUUUGAGUCAGUUCUCUACAAAUGCCAAUGGACGAGUGAUCUUGCCAGGUGGCUCAAACAACAAUAAAUCAGCUGUCUCAAAGAAAGUCAUUAUGGUUGACAUGAAACAGAAGAAUGCUCAGAAAGCUAAAAGCACAUCUCGAAUUAAGGAUGUAAGUCGUGUAGUGUCCAAGCCAAACAUUAAUCAAUCAAAGCGUGCUCUUUUUCAAAGCCCUGACCAGCUGACAAAGAAUAGUGGAAAAAAGGAACGAAUGUCAAAGACAACUCCAAACAAGUCACGUACUUCGAAGCGAGCACUUUGGCCAAGCAGUGACAAAAAAAAUCGACGGAGCGCAAAGAAACCGACUCCCAAGAAAACCGUAAUUGAAGAUUCAGAUGAAGAAGAGGAGCGUGUGAUUAAUGCCAACGGGAAGCGGCUUUCAAAUGAAAAUGAAGCUGGUCCUUGUCGAAAAAAUUGCAAGAAAAGUCUGACCUUUACUUCGGAGCAUGUGUCAUCUGUUGAUGUAGAGACCAAAAUCAAGCAGCCUUCAGAGCCUCUGAAAAGUCAAAUACCUCCACAGCAGCAUAAGCAGUUGAGCCAACAUCAUAAACAGAAAAUGGUUUGGGCAGUUGCCAGUUCAUUGAAACAGUGCGGUAUCAAUGGUAGUCAUGAACUGUUUCGUCCAGCCGGCACAGUACUCUUCAAGAAAUGCCGCCAAGUGUGGCUUCAACAGCUGAACAAUCAAAAAAGCCAAGUCAAGAGAAGUACCAGUGAGCAGAUGUUUGAAAUUGCAAUCAAGUACGCGCCAGAAACAGUGAGAAAAUUAAAGGUUAAUGCAAAUUUAACCAACGCUCGCAGCUCUUUACCGUCUGAUAAUUUUGUAAAUAUCAAUAGUGUUCCAUGCGAAGAGAAAAGCAAGUCAGGUUUUUCCAAAGUGUCGGAUAUCUUUUUCAGCGUUAAAAAUUCCCAAAGCUCUCAAGAAGAUCCGUCUGCAAAAGCAGCAGAAGAAAGUGUGAGCCUCUAUGCGCAACCAUUAGUAGAUGCAACAGAUACCAAUUCUAAUAGUAAUAGUCUAAUAAGUGAGGUUAGUUUUAGUGGAUUAAGGGAUGAAAAGUCGACCGAAAUCAGCCACUCAGAAUUUUCAAACAGUACCACAGAUAAUUCAAUCGAGAAAAAUUUGCAGCAAAUCUUUGACGGUUGCUCUGUGCCUGUCAAAUAUCAAGCUGCGUCAGACAGUCCAAUGGAUCUCCCAAAAAUUUUCGAUGAAGAAAGUCAGAUGUCCCAAUUCCCCUCAUUUUCAAGUAAUACACCCAGUAGUAAGCCAAACCUCUCUAUCGAUAAAUUGUCCUCUGAUAGUGUUUUCAAUAAACCAGUAGUCCCUGACGAGUCUAAAGCCGUAGACGAAUCACUUAAAAAAAUUGUUGACGAUAUUAAGACUGAUGUUGAGAUGAGCGAAAAUGACUCUGGUUUCAUCGACAAUGAUUACACAAGCAAAUCUUCGAAAUCAUCGUUAGAUGUCAAAUCUGGUAAAAUUGAUGCACAAUCUCCAACAACUUUCACAGCAAUGGUCUCUAAAUUGUCCUCGCCUAGUGUUGGAAAGGAGAACGAGCCUUUGAAACCUAGCGCAAAUUUAGUUCUUUCCACAACCGUUGAAAGUGUUAGUUUCAGUUUCAAAAAAUUCGGGACAGCAGUAGAAAGUGUUGAGCCGCUGACUGAAAAAGAUUCAAAUUGUAAAAUAUCAAAUUUGGUAAUUCCUGCACAAUUUGAUGAGACUGCUAUGAGUUCUUGUGAUAUAAGUGUGGGUGAAAGGCCAAAGAGUGUGUUGGGUGAUAAUUUUUCAGGUUGUCAGUAAAAUUGCCACUAAUUUUGGUGCAAAGAUAUUUGGAGAUUCUUAUAGAUUAAAUUUUUGUCCUCCUCAAAUUUCAUUUUUAGGUCCACUCGGAGUUCGAACCUCUGUAGAAAAUAAGCAGACCAAUUUUCAGAGUUGUGCAAAGGCUCCAUUUCUUUCUUAAGAAAGAAGGGGGAAAAAUAUGUUCAAUUUCUAAAAAUAAGAUUUGUGUUAGCCAAAGUCUUUUCAAUCAGAAUACGUCAAAAUCUCUAGACUUUUUGAUUUCAUCCACUUUUCCCUCAUUUAGACUGAAACUGUACUAAAUCUGACUUAAAAUAAGCGUGGCGAGAAAGAAGUAAUUUUCUUAUAAAUUAAUACCAUAUCAUAUGGUAAAAUAUUUGCAAAAACUAAGAAAAUAACCAAAGGAGUUUAGGAAUUUUACCCUCUUACUAGUGCACCGCACACUCCUCAAUAGUUUUCUGAGAAUCUUUUAAAUCUACGUUCAGUUCUAUUCAAGUGAACUUCCCCAAUUUAAAUAGCGAAACUUCAUCAGGUUUUCCAGAGGUUUAAUGAAUGCUCCAUAUUAAAUCGUCAUUCAAAAUUUUGUCACAAAGAUGCACAAAUAGUCUGGAAUUUCUGAAUCAAAUCCUUCUUAUCUGUACUCUUUGCAAUCAAAAUUCAUGAAUAAGUUCCAAUCAGUUAAAAGAGCAGAUGCCAAAAUCAAUUUUUCAUCAGUGUGUUAGUUUGUCUACCUAAGAAACUUCUUGGUAGGCAAAUAGAUCUUUUCAACACCUUCAAACUGUAAAAUUAUCACUUGACAUUUUCAAUUGGCUCAUGAAUUGUCAUGGAGCCUAUCUACCUUAAGUGUUUGUGUUUGAUCUCAACUUGAAUUAUAAUUAUUAGAUUGCAGGAUGAUGUAGAUUUGUAUUCCAUUUUGGUUGUCAAGCACUGUUCGUUGCUCCUCUGACGUCAGACCAUAUCUCAAUUUUCAAGUAAGCCCUAAUCUCCAUGUAACUAUAUGCUUUUUAAGGCUCACAAAAAAAUAGAGCUACAUCUUUAUGUCAAAAGAGCAACGUAUUUAUUACUUCAACAAAAUCAAGCUUGGUAUUUAUGUUUUCUUCGCAGGAAGUUUAAUUUGCUCACUUUUCUUCUUUAAUCUGUGAUUUUUUAUCAAUAGCUUCCAAAAGAGUCGGUAACGUAGCUUGUCUUUGUCCUGGAAAUUUUGAGCUGUUCGUUCUUGCUUCCAAGCAACCUACAGUAUUUUUAUACUAUUUGUAACAACCGUAACUUUAUCUGUAUGUCAAAUCAAAAUUUCAUCUCUCUUUUUCCCAUCUUUUUUGACUUUGAUACAUUCUAGACCUUUAAUUUGGUUUUUUAAUUUUUUAAGGAAGCGUUUUUAAAAUUUGACUCCAAAAAAACUUAAAAGUUCACCGUCAUCUGUAAGUGAAAUUCAAGUAGCGUUCCUUUAAUUCACUGCAUGAUGACUCAAAUUAUUUUUAAGAAAAUGUUUACCAAAUACAUCUUGUAGUUUCUCGUAUUUAAUGUCAAAUAUAAACUGAAAUAAUCUAUGCCUCAUUUUCAGUGAUUUUGCUCGAAUUUUUCAACAGGAAUGUGUGUGCUCAAUAGUACGAUUCAUUCUGUUUCUGAAUAAUUUUUAAGUAAAAUGGUUUAGAAAGUGGUAUAUUUUGUCAUUAUCAUGAAAAUUUUGAAUUUUCUGUUGCCUAAUGACCACACUAUUUAGUCUAGUUUGUACAUGUUUCGACUUGACUUCCGAAUCGGAGCUUUUUUUUUUAUCUCGAACAAUAAUAUUGGGACUUACUAUGUACGGCAGUGAUUGUCAUGCCAAGUAACAAAGCGGCAACGAUUUUUUACUCAAUUUUGAUUAAAUUUUCUCAGUUUCAUAUUGGUCAUUGUGAUGCUUGGCUGGUCAAAUUUAUGUAAAAUUGGUGCAAAA